AUGAACCGGCAGCUAGUGAAUAUUUUGACAGCCUUGUUUGCAUUUUUCUUUGAGGCAAACCACUUCAGGGCGGCUUUCUGUAAAGAACAUGAUUCAAGAUCUGGAAAAUCCCCCUCACAGACCCUGUCUCCUUCAGAUUUUUUGGACAAAUUGAUGGGAAGGACUUCAGGGUAUGAUGCAAGAAUCAGACCAAAUUUUAAAGGUCCUCCUGUAAAUGUUACCUGCAACAUAUUUAUCAACAGCUUUGGUUCAAUAGCAGAAACUACAAUGGACUACAGAGUGAACAUUUUUUUGAGACAGCAAUGGAAUGACUCACGUCUGGCUUACAGCGAAUACCCUGAUGAUUCCUUGGAUUUGGAUCCAUCCAUGUUGGACUCUAUUUGGAAGCCUGAUUUGUUCUUUGCCAAUGAGAAAGGUGCAAACUUCCAUGAUGUUACAACAGACAACAAGCUGCUGAGGAUUUCUAAAACGGGGAAAGUUCUCUACAGUAUCAGGCUAACUUUAACCCUUUCCUGUCCCAUGGACUUGAAGAAUUUUCCUAUGGAUGUGCAGACUUGCACAAUGCAACUAGAAAGCUUUGGUUACACUAUGAAUGACCUGAUAUUUGAGUGGCUAAGUGAUGGUCCAGUGCAAGUUGCAGAAGGUUUAACUCUGCCACAGUUUAUUUUGAAAGAAGAUAAGGAACUUGGCUACUGCACAAAACAUUACAACACUGGAAAGUUUACAUGCAUUGAAGUCAAGUUUCAUUUGGAGCGUCAGAUGGGAUACUAUUUAAUCCAGAUGUACAUUCCUAGCCUGCUGAUUGUCAUUUUGUCUUGGGUUUCUUUCUGGAUCAACAUGGAUGCUGCUCCAGCCAGAGUCGCUCUGGGCAUCACUACAGUCUUAACAAUGACCACUCAGAGUUCAGGCUCCAGAGCUUCUCUUCCAAAAGUCUCCUAUGUAAAAGCUAUUGACAUCUGGAUGGCUGUGUGCCUUCUCUUUGUGUUCGCUGCAUUAUUGGAGUAUGCAGCAGUCAACUUUGUUUCAAGGCAGCACAAGGAGUUUCUGAGGCUUCGAAGAAGGCAAAAGAGACAAAACAAGGAAGAUGAUGUUACUCGUGACAGUCGAUUCAAUUUUGGUGGCUAUGGAAUGGGUCACUGUUUACAAGUUAAAGAUGGCACUGCAGUCAAGGCUACACCUCCCAACCCUCCUCCAGCACCACCAAAAGAUUCAGAUUCCAUCAAAAAGAAAUUUGUUGAUCGUGCAAAACGGAUUGAUACAAUAUCGCGGGCUGCAUUCCCACUAGCCUUCCUCAUUUUCAACAUCUUUUACUGGAUAACAUACAAAAUCAUUCGGCAUGAGGACAUUCACAAGAAAUAG